UUCUCUUUCCUGUUUUGGCAGUGACAUAUUUUUCUUCGGAUCGCGGAAGACACCUAAACUGAAAAUGACUGAGGCCAGACUUCUUGAAGAACUGCUGCAAUUGGAAUGCCACUUCACCUGGGAGCUAAAUAAAGAAGAUCUAAAUAUCACUGAUCUUCUGAACAGGUUAGAACAACAUGUUGAGUUAAAUCUUGGGGGUACAGCAGGGUUAGCGCAGACAUAUAACUCGUUAGCAUUUGUGAGGUACCUUCUCGGGUCUCCCAAAGAAGCACUCAUCAAAUUGGAGGAAUCUGUGGCACUCACAAGAGAAUGCCAUGAGAAUAACUGUGACAAGUGGCUCAUAGUUACUUAUGGAAAUCUUGCUUGGAUACAAUACCAUAUUAAAUGUUAUACUGAAUGUGAAAGUUACUUGGAUAAGCUCAGAGAUAUUGCAGAGAAGUUCCCAGCAUCUGCAUCUGUUCUUGGGGAAAAAGCCUGGACACUGUUCAAGUUCUCUCGCAAAUACUAUGGCAGGGCUCAAGAGUGCUUCAAGAAGGCCUUAGAACUGGAACCUGAUGAUGCUCAUUGGAACACUGGCUAUGCUUUUGUACUACACCGAACAGAGACGUGCUCCUCCAGUUUAGAUGACUCACCAGCAGUUAAACAGCUCCAGCGGGCCAUGGACAUAAACCCAGGUAAUGAUGAGCUCAGAGUACUCCUGGCACUGAGACUCGCUCAGUUCAAGGAGUAUGACAAAGCAGAGAGACUGGUGGAAGAAGCCUUGGAGAACUCACCCACUGCUCCUAAAGUGAUUCGAUAUGUGGGCAAAUUCUUCAGGGAUUAUGGGUCCCUGGACCGGUCCCUUGCCCUGCUGAAGAGAGCGUCAGAGAGCAUGUCAAACUCAGGCUUCAUACACCAUCAGCUAGCACUCUGUUACAAGAGAAAGAAAAUCUCGUUACAGCGAGAGGGAAUUCGGGAUUCGCCCAGCGCUGGCUCAGAGGUUCGGAGGCUUCGUCGCCAGUGCAUCUAUCAUUUAGAGCAGGCCACUACACUGAAGACUGGCUUCAUGUUUGCCAUGAUUGAGCUAGCAGUGCAGUAUGGGGAGGAUAAACAAUUUGAGCGUGCAGAAGAGCUGUUUGAGCAAACUCUGCAGCUAGCCAAAGAGAAAAAUGAGUGUCUACAAAGGAUCUAUUUCCACUUUGGAGAGUUCCAGCAGUACCAAAAGAGGCACCUGGUUCUGGCCAUCAGCUACUAUAUGGAAUGUCUGAAACUAGACCAUGAGACAAUAGACGGAGUGAAAAGUGCUAAAAAUCUGAAGAAGAUAGCUGAUAGACGUUUGUCUAAACGUCCUGAAGAUGGAAAAGCCUGGGCCACUCUGGGAUUCAUCCAUAAGGCCAAAGGAGAGAAAUGCAAGGCCAUAGAGUGCUAUGAGAAAGCACAACAAUAUACACAGAGUGAUGAGUACCUUAGUGUUCUGUGUGAUCUGCGGCUGUCCCUACAAUAGUGUUGCAUGUCAAGUAAAACA